AUGGAGAGGGAGAACCAGCCAGACAGAAAUCAGAGCAGGAGGAGCUGUCCUCGGUGUCUCAGCUCAGCUCAACUCUGCAAGCUGGCAAUGGGUGUCCCCAGAACCAUCGUGCUCUUCCUCUUUGGGGCUGUGUUCUGCCUGACAGAGUCCCAAGCCCAGCAAUGCUACAGCUUUCAACACAUCUACCUCGGGCCCUUUGACCUCAGUGCCGUGAAAUUCCACAACAUCUCCUGUCCCCACGGGUGCUCUGAGGCAGUCUUGUCCCUGGACACUGGGUACCGCGCCACGGUGACCGUGGUACAGAAGGGCUGCUGGACAGGCCCGCCUACGGGCCAGAUGCUGUCCGACGACCGCGCGCUGCCGCCCGACUACUCGGUGGUGCGCGGCUGCACGACCGACUUGUGCAACGCCGACCUCAUGACCCACGACACCAUCCCCAAUCUGAGCCCGGCGCCCAACCCGCCGACUCUCAGCGGCAUGGAGUGUUACGCCUGCCUGGGGAUCCACCCGGAGGACUGCACCCCGGAGAAGUCCCGACGGGUCCAGUGUCACCAGGACCAAAGCGUCUGCUUCCAGGGCAAUGGCCAAAUGACCGUCGGCAAUUUCUCAGUCCCAGUGUACAUCAGGACCUGCCACCGGCCGUCCUGCACCAUCAAGGGCACCUCCAGUCCCUGGACAAACAUUGACCUUCAGGGCUCCUGCUGUGAGGGGCAACUCUGCAACAGGGACUCCGUGACCCAGUCCUUCACCACCGCCUCGGCUGCUGCCACCCCUUCCCAGGCGCCCCACGGCAUGGCCCUGCUCCUCAUGGUCCCCCUGCUGGCUGGCACUCUUGGAGGCCCCCUCCUGCCCUCCUCCUAGAAGCCCCUCCAGCCUCUUCAUGAGCAGGAUGCUGGGGGCAGGCAUGGACCCACUACUCCCAGCUUCACACAACUUCAGCCUCUGUAAUGUGGCUCACUGGGAAAUGAUGUCAAACAACAGUU